AUGGAGCCCCAGGCCUUCCAGAGCUCCUGGGGGACGGGGAGAGACAGACCAAUGAGCAAGCAUGGUGUGAAAUAUAAACCACCGCCAGGGGGCGCCAAGACGCUUAGCAAUUGCCCCAUUCCUCUUCAAACGGUGAGGCAUCUGGAGGUUAAGUUACUUGCUCAAAGCGACCCACCUGAUGAGCAUCAGAGCUGGGAUUCCAACCCAGGUUGCCUGACUGCAGAGCCAGUGGUAACCAGCGGAAGCCCUGCAGCUUCAGUGUUGUCCAUCCUUCAGGCCCCUGUCAGUGCCUCAGUGAGAAGCCGUCUCCAGAGACAGAAUAAAUCAGUUGUUUCUGAAAAUAUAGCAAUUCAGGAAACAACUACAACUCUUUCACAACAAAUAGAUUUGACAACACCAUUCCAAGUUACUGGACUAAAACUGCAAAAGAUGGUAUAUUCUUCUACGGUGGUGUCUAAAAGCAUGCUUGUAUUUGCAACUGAUUAUACAACCAGAUCAUAUUUCAAUACAACAUCUCCACCUCUGGAAACAAUGACUGCACAAAUUUUUUUAAAGACAUCCAUAGCUGAGACAGCUACACUCGCAGCAGACAUUUUGUCUACUUCAGCAGCCAUUGCUCUGUCUACCAAGAGUACCUCCAUAGGCCCUACUACCAAUUCCAUGAAAAUAAGUAAAUCCCCAUCUUCAGAGGGCACAAGGACAACAAAAAUGGCUGAAUCCAUUGCCACUGAGACCUUUCAUCCAAGGGUAGCUACUAAUUUUCUGUACACAUCUGGAUUUACCAAGAGUUCAAUUGCAUCCAAAACUUCAGUGACUGGAUCUCAGUUGGCUGUUAUGAGGACAACAUAUUUAUUCUCAUCUAUUGACUCAACAUCCGUGUCUACAACAUCUUGGCCCAAACACAAAUCCACAGGUAUGGGGGCACUCCCUAUCUCCACAGCUAGCCAGGAGUUCCUUGCAUCUACAGCUGCUGGAAGUGUACCUCAGUCCACGGUGGACCAGACUUCAGCUACAACUACUCACAUUGGGACUGCAUCAGCACUGCCACCUGAGUCUGUGCUCCUCUCCACAGCUGUUCCAGUGGAUUCUGUAUUUCCUAGAAAUCAGACGGCAUCCACAUUGGCAACAACUGAUAUGGAAAUACCCUUUAUAGUUUAUUCAACUAGGUCUAUUGAAAUGACACCUGCACUAAGAACAGUUGAAACAGAGCCGGCAUUUACAAAUUUCCAGGAUGUCUCUUCACCCAGAGUGGAGGGCACAAUAUCUACCUCCAUGCCAAAAGAGGCCUCUUCCGUGGCCCUUUCUUUUAGGACAUCCUCUCCAUUCACCAGAGCUCAGAGUGUACAGACAGUUAUUGAUGCUGAGACUACACAUGCAGCCUUGACUACUGGGAUAACACUUGCACCUACAGUGGCUGAAACUACGCUUUACCCCACAAUCACUGGGCCAGUAUAUACCCAGAAUACACCCUCCGGUGGUGAAAACAUGCUUCCUCUGAUUUCCACUAGAUCAGCUUCCACAUCCAAGGUGUCUGAGUCUGGUCCCACAUCAGUAACUGAUGAAGGUAACCAUCUAUCCUCCACCAAUGAGAUCAUUUGGACUUCCAGGCCAGAACAGACCCUGUUGACAUCAGCAUUCCAUGGGAGUACUUCUAAUACAGAACAUUCAUCCACAACUGCUAAUAUUUCAUCCAACCAGAAGCAUCCACAGAGUGAGGCCACUACCACUGCUGAUGUUACUACCGACAGAUAUACAGCAGUUCUAUCCAAAUUGACAUCUCCGUGGCUUGCUAAUUUCUCCACAGUUUCUGGAGCCACAUCUGUAACCAAAUUGCCUGAGUGUAAACUUACCAGCUUACUACUAAAACCCACAUCUAUGUCCACAGUAGCUGGAAAUGAACUUCUUUCAACACCAAGGGAGACAGUUUUUCCACCAGUAGAUAGAAUAUCUACCCUUGCUUAUGUUGAACCAAAUUUUUCUACUGAGGAGAGUGCUCCUGAGAACACGCAAACAGAGACAAAUGGUACAAUUGCAUCUGGAGAGACAAGAGCCCCUGUUGCAGAGUCUGCAACGGCACAAAGAUUCAGAACUGCUGUGACAAGGAAAGAAACCACUUCCCAUUUUCUUAAGGGAAAAUCGACUGUAGCAGUGACAACCGAGGUUUCUCCAUUUGCAACGACACUGGAAGCAACAGAUGAAUCUGUUUCCCCCCUUCCUGGUAUAGAGAAGCUGACUACCCGAUUGGAUAAUACAACUGCAACUACUGAAGCGAGAGAAAGUUGGCUUUCUACGAAACCGGUGAAAACCACACCUAAGAAUUCACCUAAUGGAACUACAGAAAUCUUUAAUUCCACCCACAUCUGCACAGCACAUUGGACUUCAGAGACUCUACCUGAGGGGAAUCCAGCUCCAUCUCCCACUUCUGGGAGCACACAGACAUUUUCUGAACCCCUGGGUGCUUCCACCACAAGGAUACCGAGGACGAGUUUUGCCACUAUCCCUACAGACAGGACAGCUAUGUCCUUGACUGCUGGUGCCUUGUUUCCACAGCCUAUGGCCACGCAUUCCUCAGCAACCCCUGUGCCUAUUACUGUGUUCUCACUGCCAGCUAAUGUCUCUGCUGUCACCUCUAUGAUGCUGUCUGAAGAGACUAAGGUUACCACGCCUGGGCCUUCUACACUGGCCAGGGCUUCCUCCACAUCUCUGCCCUCAGAUAUCUCAACUCUGUCAUCAGCUGCAGUGACCACAGCAUCGAUGCCGCCAUUGGAUCAGAGCACUUCCACAACCAGCGGUACCGUGCCUUCCCACAGAGACUCCAUCCACACCACUUCCGAGGCCACAGGGAUCUCUGUCAGGAUGACACCCAUGGCGGUUCCCUCUCUGACAGAAACUCUAGUCCCCUCGCUGAGGCCUCCCACUCCUGUGGCAACUAAGGCUGAGACCACCAUUCUGUCCCCCUCAGUUGACACAGUAACCCUUUCCACACCCACUCUUGGCAGCUCCAAAGCUCUCCCUGACAACGCUCCUGUUGUGUCCUCCACUCAUGUAACCUCAACUACGUCUACACCAUUAGCAACCCAACCCAUAGCUCAAGUGCAGGAGACUUCUACCCCUGCUCUCAGCUUUCCAUACACUUUCAGUGGUAGUGGACAUGUUGGUAGCUUGGCUACCGGCACCACAGACGCUUCCGUUGUUGAUGACACCAUGCCCUCACACACCUCUGCCAACAAGCUGAUUGCUUCACUCUAUGGUCACGUUUCUCAAUCUUCCACACAUCUUGUAAACACACUGGUCCCCACCUUAUUAGUGACUGACACUUCUACCUUAUCUUCUGACAAGGAGCAGAUGACCACCUCCCUGGGAAAGACCCCUAGAACUCUGAAGGUGACAGAAAUGUCCUCAUCAAAGAAUCCUCUUAUUUCAGACUCCCACAGUACUUCAUCCUCGGAAAUGACAGACCCAGGAUUUGCUGAGGCCACAGAAAUUUCCAGUCACCAAGCACAGUCACUUUCAGAGACUCCGUUUGUGACUCCACCUAAUGAGAGUCCAACUUCAUCUCCCGCUUCUGGGAGCACGCACACUCCACCAACAGCAGAUGUCCACCUUUCAGAAAUGCCUACCAGUCUGGGCAAAACAGCUCUCCCUUCACAAGCUCUGACAAUGACCACACUUUUGUCUCCUGAAAAAGAGAGCAUGAGUGCCCUCUCAGUAUAUACUCCCAGGACUGAGCAAAAGAUGCUAAGCACUACCUCUGUGACUCACCCGUUCUCACACUGCCAGGAUACUUCAUCUGCAGAUACCAUAACUUCUGGGACAACCAGGAUAUCAAAUCCUGUAAACAAUAACACAACUCCUUCACGCUUGCUUUCAUCUAGCACUCAACCUGAGGUGUCUUCAGUUGCCUCUCCUAUUUUUGAAAGCACACAGACCUCCCCUGAGACUCUGUCUCUUUCCACACCUCGACUGUCUAAUGCCAAUUUUACAACUAUGUCUCCUGACAGGAUCACUACAGCCCUCUCUGCUCCAAAUGUACCUACAGCACUUCUUGGGAAAACCGCUAUGGCAACGUCCAUUCCCAUCUACCAGAGGUCCCCACGUCCAGUUAGUGUCACUGCCUUCACCUCCAAAAGUGUUUCUGACACUCCCACGGUACUAAUGACUGAAUCUUCUAAAACAGCACUCGCAGAUUGUUUGAAAAGUCCUUCUGUAGCCACUUCUGGGCCUGUGGCUGAGAUGUCCUCAAUGUCAGCUAAUGACUCUGCGCUUCCACCUUCUGCUGUUUCUUCUGAUGCUUCCACAACAGGUGGAUCAUUCUAUACUUUAUUGUCUUCAAUUACCCCCAGGCCUUCUAUGACCAUGCAAACAUCGACAUUGGAUGUCACACCUGUGACAUAUGCUGGGUCUACUUCAAAAAGCACCGUGGCUUCCUGUGCUUUCACUACUUCAGAAAUAACCGAGGUGUCCUCCAGGAUCACACCCACAUCCUUUUCUUCCCCAACAGAGCCAAAUGUUCCUUCUGUGAAAACUAUUCCAACCACUACAAUGGCUGGGAUAGUGACUGCACUCGUAAGCACCCCUGCCUCUCCUCUACUCAGUUCUAAGAACAAAGCUAUUUCUUCCAUUCCAAAGACCAUAUUUUCACCAUUUCUAUCAACAACCCGACAGCCAUCACAAGGGUACGAGGCCACCACUCUGGGCAUAUUCUCUGGGAUUACUAAUAGCUCUCUAUCUACUGUAAGCAGUGGUAAAGUAACAGUUCUCACAAAUACUUAUUCCAGAAUUGCCAACCCUGAAAGUGUGCUUUCAUCUACUCCCUCAGAAAAUCCCCACACUUCCUUGAAUAUUCAGGUUUCCCCCUCUUUGACUGGCUUUAAGAGCACUCCUGGACCCACAAAAAGUGUAAAAGCCACCACUUACCGUUCUUCAAAUAGAGAAAAGAUGACUUCCUUGUCAGAAAAUACUUCAACAGCCAUGACAAAAGGUGCCACGUCUGUGAAUGCACCUGUUUCAUACCCUCCCUGGAUUCCAUCCAGUACAGCUCCACCCUCUUUGACACCAUUUCUUUUUUCACCUCAAAGUACUGAAGCCGAGUUAUCUACUCCAAAGACUUCUUUUCCUCCUACAUCCCAAAUGACCUGGUCUAUUGGUGCCAUGCUUCUACCUAGCCCUACAACAACAUCUGCAUGGAGCAGAAUCCCAGCUGCAUCAGCAUCCCUGACAUUAGUUCUUCCUAAGCCCACACAGGACUCCGUUCUAAAUAUAGCCACCACUACAUCCACUGCUACUGGAGCCCCAUUUCCACUCAUACCCACUGGAGUAACACAUCCUCCUACAGCAACUGUGUCUUCACUACCGUCUUCCUCUUUUGAGACAACCUGGCCAGACUCCACACCUUCCUUUUUAUCUAUGGAAACUUUGACUUCACCUAUUGCCAUUAAGUCCAAAGUUUCCUUCUACAAUAUUGAAAUGAGCUUCUCUGUCUUUGAUGAAGAGCUAAGGAUCCCUAUUACCAGGGUUGUAAAAGAAUUUGCAAAAAAAUCAUUGACUUCUAUAUUUCAGGACAGUGAAUUUGUUCUUGCUAAUCUGGCUGUUCAAAUUAAAAGCAGAGACACUACUGAGGAAGAAAUAACCAUGGACCGAACGUUUGUAAGUAAGAGAGAAGGGCAAGGAAUGGCUACAAUUUCCCGUGUACCAUUCAGCUGUGCUUGUCAGGUCAUCAUAAAGGCCAACUCUUCUUUAGUGCCCACCAAAUUGAUUAGCAGGAUCAAAAGUAAAAUACAUGGCAACCUCACUCAUGGAAACUUCACACAAGAUCAGUUGAUGUUAUUAGUAAAGUCUGAACACGUUGCAGUGAAAAAACUAGAGCCCGGAAAGUGCAAAGCUGAAGAAACAGCCUCUAAAUACAAAGGGACAUAUAAGUGGCUCUUAACCCACCCUACCGAGACAGCCCAAACUAGAUGCAUAAAAAAUGAGGAUGGAAACGCUACUAGAAUCUGCUCAAUCAGUAUCAACACUGGCAAAUCUCACUGGGAAAAACCAAAGUUUAAACAAUGCAAAUUGCUUCAAGCGCUUCCUAAUAAGACUGUGGAUCUUGCUAAUAUUACAAUAAGUGACGAGAAUGCGAAUAAUGUUGCAGAGCACAUUUUAAAUUUAAUCAAUGAAUCAACUCUUCUGGAUGAAGAAGAAACAAAGAUUAUUGUUUUGAAAGUGUCCAAUAUUUCACAAUGUGAUGAGAUAAGUAUGAAGCUAACCCAGACUAUAUUACAAAUAAUUAAUUCUGCUUUGGGAAAGCAAAACAAUUCAGCAUCUGAUUUGCAGGAAGCAAGCAAUGAAAUUCUGAUGAUAAUUGAGUGUGCUGGUCAUAAGAUGGAGUUUCGUGGGAGGACAGCAAAUCUGACGGUGGUCAAGCUGGCUUUGGCUGUCCUGCGGGUGGACCACACAUUUGAAGGCAUGACCUUCAGCAUUCACUCCUACAAAGAAAGCACAGACCCUGAGAUUUCCCUAGAUGAAGUCCCUCUGGGGAGGGUUUUGGCCUCCAUAUACUUACCUAAAUCACUGAGGGAGAGAAUUCCUCUUAGCAACUUACACACCAUCUUGUUUAAUUUUGGCCAAAGUUCACUCUUUAAGACCAAAAACGUCGCUAAAGCCUUAAUCACAUAUGUUGUGAGUGCCAGCAUUUCAGACAUCAUUCAAAAAUUGGCCGACCCAGUGGUUAUUACUCUGCAGAAUGUUGAAGGGAACCGGAAUUAUGAUCAAGUUCACUGUGCCUUUUGGGACUUUGGGAAUAACAAUGGCAACAUGGAUUUAUCCAGGUCUGCAGUGGAUGCAGUGAAUGAACGGAUAUUAGUGCUUAUAACAUACAUCGGAUGUGGAAUCUCCUCCAUUUUCCUGGGAGUUGCAAUAGAGACAUACAUAGCUUUUCACAAACUUCGAAAUGAUCAUCCUUCCAAAAUCCUGAUCAACCUGUGCACAACACUACUGAUGCUAAACCUGGUAUUCCUGGUCACUUCCUGGUCAUCAUCAUUUCAGAAAUUGGGCCUUUGUAUCAUAGCCUCUGUGGCACUUCAUUACUUCCUGCUCGUUUCUUUGACUUGGAUGGGUCUGCAGGCAGUCCACAUGUAGUUUGCUCUACUCAAAGUCUUCAACAUAUACAUUCCCAAUUAUAUCCUUAAAUUUUUUCUGUUUCGUUGGGGAAUCCUAGAGAUUGUGGUGGUGAUCAUACUCAGUGUGAAAAAAGAUCUGUAUGGGACUCUGAGCUCAAUGACUCCAUUUUGUUGGAUUAAAGAUGAUCCUAUCUUUCACAUCUCAGUGGUGGCUUAUUUUUGCCUCAUAUUUCUCAUGAAUCUCUCCAUGUUCUGCACUGUUCUUGCUCAACCGAAUUCCAUGAAAUCCCAAAGCCAGAAGACUCAACGGAAGAUGAUGCUGCAUGACCUCAAAGGCACAACCAGCCUGACAUUCUUGCUUGGGCUCACCUGGGGGUUUGCCUUUUUUGCCUGGGGAGCUGUGAGGAUCCUUUUCUUGUAUCUUUUUGCCAUUUUUAACACUUUGCAAGAUAACUGGUUCCUCAUUUUUGUGUUCCACUGGGUGAUGAAGGAGCAUGCGCAGGAGUGGUGGCAGCUGCUUUUCUGUUGCAGGUGGUUGUGACUGGAUACUUCCAACAAUGGCAGCAGCUGGUGUGGGCUCAAUGUUGGGCAGAAACAGGAAAGACUGAAGAAAACCUUUGCAUACAACUUGUUGACACCAUCCCUCAAGUCAACUGCAACUAGUUCCAUUUUCAAAUCUUUAGGCUCCGCCCAAGGCACUCCUUCAGAAACAAGCUCCCCAAAUGGUGAGCGAAAAGGCUACACUGUCUAUACUUAUAUUCCAGAGCAGCAGAAUUGGGGCCAGAACUCAGGUCUCCUGGCUCCCAAGCUAGUGCUCAUCACACCCCACCAAGAAUACCAGCUGAGCUGCACAUUGCUCUUAGAUGCUCACCUUCUUCCACAGAAAGCCAAGCUUCUAGGCCCUCACAGCCUAGGGCAGCUAGAGCACAUCCAGAAAGUUAGCACAUACCAGGUCCACCAAGACCCCCUACCCACGUUUGCACCAAGUCUGAGAACACAGAAUGUUCUGCAAGAAACCAGCUGGAGAAGACCCCCUUUAAAGCAUAAAGGCCCCACCCACCUGCAGGAGGUCCAGCUCUGGGGUCAUGUGACCAGACCACCAGCCAUCGCCAACACGAGCUAA